GGUCACCACACAACACAACACACCAUCUGUCGACUGGUAGCAGAGAGAAGAGAUAGACCGAGAGAGGGAGGGAGAGAGAGAACCUGACACUGAGACUGAAGCAUCGGCGCUAGCUAGCUUGGGCAGCAACAUCACGAUGUCGUCCAACUGCGGCGAGGAUGAGAAGGAGCUGGUGUGCGUGACCGGCGCCGGCGGCUUCAUCGGCUCGUGGGUGGUGAAUGAGCUGCUCCAGCGGGGUUACCGCGUCAGGGGAACCGCGAGGGACCCUGCGGACAGCAAGAACGCGCACCUGCUGGCUCUGGAGGGAGCCAAGGAGCGCCUCACCCUGUGCCGCGCCGACGUCCUCGACCGCGCCUCCCUGCGCGCCGCCUUCGCCGGCUGCCACGGCGUCUUCCACGUCGCCUCCCCGGUGUCCAACGACCCGGAGCUUGUCCCGGUGGCGGUGGAGGGCACCAGGAACGUCAUCAACGCCGCGGCGGACGAGGGCGCGCGCCGUGUCGUCUUCACCUCCUCCUAUGGCGCCGUGCACAUGGACCCCAGCCGGAGCCCCGACGCCGUCCUCGACGAGACCUGCUGGAGCGACUACGACUUCUGCAAGCGAACCGACAACCUGUACUGCUGCGCCAAGAUGAUGGCGGAGGUGACGGCGGCGGCGGAGGCGGACGCGCGGGGCCUGCAGCUGGCCGUGGUGCUGCCCUGCAUGACCACGGGCCCCAUGCUGCAGCAGACGCUCAACUUCAGCACCAACCACGUCGCGCGCUACCUCAUGGGCACCAAGCGCUCCAUCCCCAACGCCGUCGCCGCCUACGUCGACGUCCGCGACGUCGCGCGCGCGCACGUGCUCGCCUACGAGCGCCCCGGAGCCAGGGGCCGGUACCUCUGCAUCGGCACCGUGCUGCACCGCGCCGACCUCGUCGACAUGCUCAGAGACCUCUUUCCGCAGUACCCCGUCACGGCCAAGUGCGAGGAGGACGGCAAGCCAAUGGCGAAGCCGUUCAAGUUCUCCAACCAGAGGCUCAGGGACCUGGGGCUGGAGUUCACUCCGCUGAGGAAGAGCCUGUACGAGACCGUGCUGUGCCUGCAGCAGAAGGGCCACCUGCCUGUCAUCCAACCGCAGCAGCGCGCGUACCUGUGAUGUGAAACAACCGACAUAUAUAAACAUGCAUGCAAUGAGGCAAACGACACACACGUCAGUGGAAGAACGAGAAGAUGACAUAAGGAAUCUGAGAACUUUUUAUUAAGUGUAUAUUCAUGUUACUUUUCAGUAUCUACGGGUGUAUUACGUUUUACGUUCUUAAAACAAAAGCUUUUGCUGUUGUACAAUUAUUAUAUAGACAAGUUACUUAUGAAUAGUAAGUUUUAUUUAGACAA